CGACGACUCGCGAGAGUGUAAGUGUUUCAAAAUAUGAUUUGGAUUUACCAAAUAUAAUCUUCUACCAAGUGAAGUUCAAUUCAGUGCAACAUGAAGGAGAAAAGUGAAGCUAAUAGUGCGAAUGUGCUGAUGUGUCGUCAGUGGUGGAGGGUGUGCUGGAUAUAUGGUGAUCAGGAGAAGUUCUACAGACAACUGUAUGGAAGGAGACCCCCGCCUAAGGCGACGGUGGUGUCCCUUGAAAGAGAGGUGGUCUCUGUGGUGGCGGAGAAGGUGUGCCGCAACUGUAAGAGUCCCAGGGAGGACCACAGUCAGACGUUGUCCAUGUCGCUGCCUCCCCCGGACUCCGCCCCUCUGGCUGGCAAGGUUUUAGACCCUCAGCGACAUUCACACUCUGACGAUGACUCUGGCUGCGCACUCGAGGAGUACACCUGGGUUCCUCCAGGUCUUCGACCUGAUCAGGUACACUUGUACUUCUCAUCUCUUCCUGAGGACAAGGUACCGUACGUCAACUCAGCAGGAGAGAGACACAGAGUUCGACAGUUGCUGCAUCAGUUGCCUCCGCAUGACAACGAGGUCCGAUACUGCCACAGUCUGUCUGAUGAAGAGCGGAAGGAGUUGAGGCUCUUCUCUGCACAGAGGAAGAGAGAAGCGCUUGGAAGAGGAGCUGUCAGACAACUCGUCGCUCCAAUGCCUUGUGAAGGGUGUGAUGAGAGACUAUCUACAGGAGACAUGUCAGUGUUUGCCUCUCGUGCUGGACCCAACUGUUGCUGGCACCCUGGCUGCUUUGUCUGUAGUGUCUGCAAGGAGUUGCUGGUAGAUCUCAUCUACUUCUACAAAGAAGGCAAGCUGUACUGUGGUCGUCAUCACGCUGAAACGCUUAAACCUCGUUGUUCUGCCUGUGAUGAGAUAAUCCUAGCAGAUGAGUGUACGGAAGCGGAGGGCCGAGCAUGGCACAUGAAGCACUUUGCCUGUCUGGAGUGUGACUUACAGCUGGGAGGUCAGAGAUACAUCAUGAGGGACGGCAGACCUUACUGUCUUGCCUGCUUUGACGCCAUGUUUGCUGAGUAUUGUGACUCUUGUGGAGAACCAAUUGGUGUUGACCACGGUCAAAUGUCACAUGACGGCCAGCACUGGCACGCCACAGAGAAGUGUUUCUGUUGUCACACCUGCAGGUCGUCUCUGCUGGGGCGACCGUUCCUGCCUAGGAGAGGAGCGAUCUACUGCAGCAUAGCCUGUAGCAAGGGAGAGCCACCCACACCCUCGGACAGCUCUGGUCCAGCCACUCGUCUAGGGAGGCAGCGACCCAGGCCGGCGUCUGAGGCGUCAAGUACACCACCAGCGUCCCCUAGUCACCACAGACGUGCCUUGCCACCACCACAGGACAAUGCCAACAGUCCCGGAGCAAUAGAUACAUGUUCACCGGGAAGCAGUCAAGUAGUGAGGAGUCCUCCGGGCAGAUCUCCUAAGAUGGGCCGCAGAGCGUUACAGAGGUCUCCCAACAAAAGUAUCAACACGACCCCUCCAGAGUACAACUCUGUGAGAGGACCUCCUCCUCUGCCACCUCCCCCCGGUAGUCCUCCCACCCUGACCAUCACCACUCCUGGAGGGAAAGGGCUGGACAGGGUCCUUCUGGAGAGAAACCUGGAGAAACUCCUAUCUGAGAGAGGCUCCAACCAUUCGUCCAGCUCUGAACACCUUCCUGCUGAAGGAGACUUGAGCAGAAUCCUCGGCCUGUCCGACCGAUCGAGUAGAUUCUUCCUCGAGUCUCACUUAGAAAAACUCUCAAUCAAAGACGAACUUGGAAGCCCAACAGAUUUCAAUCUCACCAAGCUGGUUCUAAGUGGAAACGAUGAUUUAAAGCCUGAAGUGAAAAAACUAUUUUUAGACAUCGAGAGUCACGAUGUAGAACCUAGAAGGUUGAAACCAAUUUUAACCGACUCCUUGGAAAAAGACAACAAAAUAUUAAAUUUAGAUGAAAAAGAUUUGUUAGAUGGGAAUCUUUCGGAUCCGUUAAGGAACGAACCUAGUACCAGCACGGAUAGGAGGUUUAGGGUGAACGAUUCUCCUCAUGAUAGCGGACAUGCGUCUUCUAUGCCUGAACUUGCGGUUCAUCCAACGACACCAACGUCGCCGCAGAGGAAGGUUCGGUUUGAAGGAGCUCCUCCUGAACUUGACAAGAGGAUGGUGAGGAGUCGUAGUUACUCGGAGAGACAUGAUCACGACGACACUGAGAGUUACUGUUCGACGUGUUCCUCCAGUUCUAGCAGCGACGAUCUCUCAGCCUACCAGUUGCCGCCCCGCAGAGCCUACGGGGGCGUCAGGAUAUCCUAUGUGCCAAACGACGCCUUCGCCAUUGCUCGUCAGCGGCAACAGCACAUCAAGUCUCCGGUGAAGAAACCUGUUGACGACAAAAACUGUGUGAUAUCCUGAUUGAUAUUAGUUCUAGUGAAACCUCGCAUUAGGACCAAUCCUCAGUGGUUGUUGACAGAUGGUUUUGUAAAAGUUCCUGAUUGUUGAAUUUGAAGAGGUUUUACUUUGAUACUGUUAAGUUGUUGUCUGUGUUUAAAUUUGUUCAGUUUGUAUUUUGAAAUAAUAAGCAAUGAGUAAGAUGUCACAAAACUUAUGGAUAGGGAAGUAAAGAAAACCAAACAGCGACACUCCCGCGAUGUCAAUAAAAGUAAACUCACUAAAUUUGAAGAUUUGAUUACAUUUAAGAAGUAAAUUCCUAAUGGUAUAAAAAUAAGUUUUAAAAACCCUACUCAACAUCUUCAAACAUCUGUAUAUAAGUUGUAUUAACAUUUCCGAGCCAUCAGCUACGUGUUUUUGCUUUAAAUAUUCUUUGAAGGAAAGAUUUCCUUAUGUAUUUUAGAGAAUGGAGAAGUCAUAUUACAUUAACCUCUUCAUCUUACAAUAAAAAAUCUCCAAUUCAAUUAAAUACUUUAAACAUAUAUAUUGACAAAAUAUCAAGGAAAUUCAUAUUUACAUUAAACUUGAAAACCUUUCUGUUACAGAAAUUUAAAUUAUUUUUAAGAUUAUCUGUUUCCAAUUCAAAUGAAGAAGUAUAUGAUU